AUGUCUUUUUACACACACACGAUCGCUAUCCUUAUGCAGGUCGAGUUCUAUUUCAGUCCCUUCAAUCUCCCUCAGGAUCGCCACCUGCAGGACAUUAUGGGUGCCGAUGGCUGGGUGCUCCUCGCUGAGGUAUGCAGUUGGCCGAGGAUGGCCCUCUUAGGAGUCUCAGAUCCGCUCGACGUUGCCAGAGCACUUGUUGCUUUCUCUCACGCACUUGAGGUGGACACAUCUCACAAGUUCAUCCGUCUCAGGUCGCAACCAGUUUAUGUCUUACCCGAUUCACUCCAGUCUCCAUGCCCGCCGCACGCCUUCCACGCAAUGCACCCGUGCUCGCAGCCAGUGCCAUGCAUACCCGACUUCCAACCCAAUUCGGCGCAGCAGCAGGGUUAUCCUCACAACACUGGGGUCCCAUUUCCACCGCAGUAUGCCUCUUCUACUGAGCAAUUCAUCGUUUCAGCCAAUGUCAGGCAACCGCACUUUCUGCCGCCUGGUUCUUUUCCCAUGGAGGCGUCACAGGAUCGAGUCAACACCUUCAUGCCGCACAUCUCAAUGCAUCCUGGGAAUUCGACUAUAACGGGGAACAAUGGGCAUCUAUCCUGCCAGCACCAGGAAGAGUUGGAGAGAGCUUCACCGCAGGCAAUGCAGCCCACACGGCAGCCAUUGUCAAACAUUAUGUCGUUCUCAAGUGAAUCCAUUACGGAAGGCGGGACAAGUCCUCGCCGUCACGGACAUAGCUGCCCAAGUGUCGCAGAAUGUUCGCUCGAGAAGCUGGGAGUGGAUGAAGGUAACACAGAUCCUUCAGCUGUGACAUUGCAAGCCAGCCAUUACCUGAACGAGCCCGUCAAACGCAUGCAUGAGGCCCUCACGAUAGCGACCCCGCAAAUGGAGGCACCGCGGAAACCGCAAUCUAGACCUGUUCCCGAAAGGCCCCAGCAGAUGAUUCACCCCAACGAAGACCUGUGCUCAAAGCCGACGGCCACAAGGGUGCCUCAUCACCGUGUGGAGCAGCGAUCUUUCGCUGACCAAGACCCCAGCCGGCGAAUGCCUCCUACACUGGGGCAUCAUAGCUCGAUUCGGUUGGAUCACUUCACAGCUCAUCGAAUAGAGACGCACGGACGACAAUCGGGGAUCGAAGUUCAUCGCAGCUCUCAAGGUCACUACUGCAAACGAAGGGGGGCUGCAAUCGAGCGUGUGGCCUCGGAUGUAAGCUCGGAUGAGAACUCGAGUACGAAUCGUGGCCAUAUGAAUACAUCCACUGCAGGAGUGCAACUUCAUACCAAGGCCAUACAACUCAGGCACGAAGCGAAGGGUCGCUGUCGUCGCAGCGUCGAGACUUCAGUUCAAACAGCUCCAAAGGUUGUUUACGACAUCUCAAGUUGGAGGACAACACAAGAACGUUUUCGUUCAAUGGAUCUCGAUCAGUCCUGUAGUGCAAAACGAAAGGGACCGCACCGUUCGCGGCGUUGGAACAGAAGAGACGGCCACCACGAUCCUCGAGACAGGUACAGAAGGGCUGAGGCGCCCAAAGACAGAUCGCCGUUUUGUGAAGCGGACUUCCCUCCGCUGCGGCAGAAGGCUCCGCCGCCACAGAAGGAGACCAGUGCGCCCCGCGGAUGCUCUGCCAAGGGAUUGAAAGAGUGCACAUCACGGCCAUACUCACCCGGGGUGGUGUGGGCAAAAAAGCCAGUGUCAGUCGGGCAAAAUCCACCCGCGUCACACAGGAAUGAUACUCGAGCGCAUCAAGUCACAGAGGGUGGCGGGAGGCGCCGGUGA